AUGGACCAUGAUACACUGUACCGACGCACCACAGGCUUCAAAGGAGAGCCAGCCUUUAACGUCACAAUUGACAACGACAAUCCGCCAAAUGUUUUAAUCAUUGGAGUGGAAUCUUUCCGGUACCGAGACUCGCGGUACCUAGGAAGACCCGUCAACUUGUUCAAAGGCACAAAUUUGACAAUAACGCCGAAUUUUGACCGAUGGGCGAAGCGAGGCGUCGCCAUGCGCAAUAUUUGGUCCAGUAUCCCGACCAGUCGGUCUCUGGAAAGUCUGUUAUUUGCGCAAGCUCCUUACCACAGCAACACACAGAGUGGGAUCACAGGAGGAAGAAAUGAGACGAAGCUUUCAGGACUGCCCCAACUUUUCUCUCAAAAAGGCUAUGAAACAUUUUUCACCACGGGAUCGUCAAUAAAGCUGCAUGCGUGGAAUAGGCAGUGA